AUGGACCGCUUGCCAAAUGAAAUUCUGGAACAGAUAUGCCUUUACCUCCAAGACCCUCACUAUGGUUCACGCAGGGAUCUGUCCUCCUUCAGCCGGGUCAACCGCGUCUGCUACACGACUGCGGCCCCAAUGAUAUACAGACAACUUACUCUCAAAUUCUGGGAUAUGGAAAGCCUGCAAGCCGCCGUCUCUGAGGUGACAGAAAGUGCUGGAGGACGCCAUUUCAUGAGAUACGCCCGAAGGCUGGGCAUUUUGUGUCUCACGGCGCCAUUAUUAAGAAUGGCGGAGGAAGAAAGCUCCAAAUGGAAGUUAGAGCCCUGGGCAACAAACCUGAUCACCUACAAGGAGCCGGCCACGAAAAACAGUUUUUUGGAGCAUUACUUGUACUGGUGCAACCAACAUCCGAACAUGCCUAUCCUGAUAAAUCGUACCAAUGCUAUCCGUCGGGACAGAAGCUGGGAAUCAAUCGAGUCUCUCAUUGUCGGCUUGCAUCGCCUGGAGCAGCUUGACUUUGUCACUCGCAAUGAAUUCACAAGUGGCUUGGAGCAAGCUGUAUCCCGUCAUCAUCCAAACUGUCGGGUGGAUCUUACCCCGCACCACAACUGGGCCAAUCACGAGUUUAGUAUCGAUGUUCUUCAGCUACCAGGCCUUCACACUCUUGCUGUCAGCCUCGUCCGCAAUGAAAGUCAAUCAACAGCAAGCGAGGGCCUUGACGAUAUGCUACCAUUCCUUGUGACUGCUCCAGGAUUAAGGCAUCUCAUUUUAGAAGACGAGACUAACAGCCAUGGAAUCCCACUCACUCGGCUGAGAGAGAAAUGGCAAAGCUUGCUGAAUGCUCGCCCAGCCACGAAUUUUUCUAGACUGGAAUCCAUUACGUUUUCUGCGGCCGGGCUAUGUGAGAAUAUACUUAUUAAACUGGCGGCUAUUGGGAAUCUUUCUAACCUUCGAUCACUCCAUAUCAGACGUGUAUAUGAUCCGAUAAACUUGGUGAACAUCGCCAAGCUUUUCCCGAAUCUGAAGCGACUUUUUAUUGAUCCAAACCCCAAGGGUCGGCCCGGGAUGCAUCUUCAAUCUGAUCAUGACGAUUCAAUCGCCGCUAUAAUAGCAUUUGCACCCUUGAAUUACCUUUAUAUCUACGGGCUUCGCAGCGCUGAAAACUUACAUCGGAUCGUCGAACGCCAUGGUUCGACUUUGAAAGGGCUAAUUAUAGCACCGUCUACCAUAGGCCUUCCGCGAUAUCCCAGAUUCGAUGUUUUGGGCAUCCUCCAGCUGGCUAAGCUCUGUCCAAACUUGGAGGAACUACGUCUCCAGAUCAAGAGAUCAACGGGCAGUAAAGAGGAGUGUGAGCUAUAUAAAGCUCUCGGGCAAUUUUUGAACCUUCACAGCCUCGUGCUGGAUCUUCAUUUCGAUGCCCGGCCACGGCCCCCAUUAUUCCAUAUUGAUACACAAGACCUAACCGUGCUUCGCAAAACGCUCAUCAAUGCGGCCAUGGACGAGAAGCUCGCUCUUGGCAUUUGGAACAUGAUCAACACCAACGGAUCCUCUCGCCUGAAGUACCUUCGGGUUGUGCCAUUUGGAGCUUACAAUUUCUCCACGCCCGAGACCUACCUACUUGAUUGCUUUGCGAAGUCAUACCUGGUCACACGAUACAACUUUCACAAUCCUGGAUCACCAAGUAUAGAGGAGAUUGGGAAGAGGGCGCGAGAGAUACGACAUCACAAGAGGAUUUAUUCUGAAGAGGAGACGUUCCGGCUCCCUGAAAGACUUACGCUGCUUCUCCAUGACAUCUGGCCGGAGGUGCCCCAGGGAAGCGAUUGGUGGUCUUGCUGGAGUAGUUUCCCUUUGGAGCAAGACCCUACUUGA